UUAGGGUUGGGGGAGCUCAUUUUGUAAUCGACGUUGGCGUGUCUAGUUUUGAAUUAGUUAAUAUAUUUGUCUAUUAGCGUUUCGGUGGGAAAGCCGUUCUGUUGCUUUUCAGAAAUGGCGCAGCUCGGGGAUGUUAAUUGCAAGGUGCUCCUAGUUUGUAUAAUCGUGAAAGUUUCCUGGCACAGUAUUCUCGACUGCGUUUAGGGGAGACACGUCGGCAGGACAGACUGUGUGUUUUGAUCCCUUCUGGCCCGCCAUCAGCUUUCAGUUCCGUUUCCAGGACCGCAGGUCUAAGUGCCGGUAGCAGUCUAUUGAUAGACGACUUUUCUACACGUGUGGAAACUUCUUUGAGGCUGCGGAGUUCACUGCCACAGGCUAGGAUAUAAUCCUUAUGAUAACGUAGAUGUAUUGACAGAAAACCGUCCGAAUUGAGUGAGAAGCGGUGUGCCAAACUUCAGAUGAGAUCUUGCUUAGAGGAGGGCGAACUUCUCAAAGAAAUACGUCAUCGCCUCCGAGGACUUCAAAAAGCAUUUAAUUGAGCUUUCAGAGUUGGGCAAAGCAACAAGGCAAAAAUGACUGCCAGCAUCACAACACAGAGAGUUCUGGACACAAGAAUGGGCCAAUUCUGGGAAAACCCUGAAGAGAACAAAUGGAUUCAGGACUUCUGCGAUCUUAAAAUGUCCAAAGACUACCCAUAUAAACUGGCCAGAAUGGUGGAGAAGCACAUGCACGAGGAAAUGCCCUUAGCGUUCCCAGAAGGGUACAGCUUGCGAAUCAGCACACUCAAUAACACAGUCUUACGGGGAAGAAAGGACAUGAUGGAGGCUUGGCAAGAGCUGUACCUGCCUCGGAGCGAGACGAUGGUGGUCAUUGGAGCCAUCGACAACUUCCCCUGCUUGGCUCAGGGGCUGCAGUUGAUCGUUAUGGUUGACAGCAAGGGCAACGUCUACACCUAUGAAAAUGAAGUUUUACACUACGUGGAACCUAGCGUAAAGGACUUCUUCACAAGAAGACGUCUUCAAUCUUCAGUCAGCUACGAGAAGGGAGGAUACUGCGACCAGCUGACCAAAGAGGAGUAUAUGGAGUUGCGGAAAGCCGAGGAUAUUCAGAAAAUCGAACGCAGCAUGCAGAAGUUUGUACAAAGCAAACAGAACGAGCUUGGAGAGAUGCUCAACUUGUUUAGGUAGCUGUGAAAUGAGUGGUGUGCUUUUGAGCAGAUUCAUUUUUCUCAUGUACUGAAACGUGAGUGUUUUGGAGCAUAGCCUUGCCUUUUAAACUGCCUGACCUGCUCAUUGCUCAAACAGGUUCCUUUCUCUGUGUCACCUGAUUGCAAUUCAAGUGGUACAACACACUUACAGUUCAAACGCUUUAUGCAAUCUGGUUAAUAGUGUUUGUUUUAAAAGUCGACACAAAUCAAAGCGUGAUUGUGAAGUCUUGCCUCAUUUGUGGUCAAGGCAUUUUUUGUACUGUACUGCUUUGAAUUCCAGAGCUUUUUCUUUUUUUUUUUCAUAAAGCAAGUGGAAUAUAUGCAUAUGUAACCAGUACAAGAGUAAAACCCAAAAUAAAUGUAAUUAGUUCAUUUAACCACAACAAAGAAUGCAGCUCCCUGAGCAGGCUUUUACACAGUGGUGACAAGACUAAUAGAAUGACGAUGGUCAAGCUAAGAAGCAAAGUAAGCGAAUGAACCGUAUUCUAUGGGCUGGAAGUUUUCCUGAUUAUUUUCCUCCACUCCACUCUCCUUUAAGUCUUGAAUCGGGUUUUGUUAAGCCGUGUCUGCAUCCAGAUUCUGAGAACAUUGUGUUGUUAGCGGGUGAGAACACGCUGGAAGCUGAUUCAGGUAAGGUGUGAGUUAGAGUAGGAUAGGGUUGAAUUAAGAAAGCAAAUCGGCUCAAAACAUGGUUAAGGGACGUCACGUGAUCAAAAAUACACGGAAAACUUCAAGCCCUGCGUAUUAUGCAUCAGCUGCACAGACUGUUGAAAUGAAUUCCAUUUCCUCUUUACAAACCGGGAAUAAACAGGAAGGUUGGUGUGUGCCCGUCCCUGUCGGUAUUUACCGUUACCCUCAUUAUUUUUGUUCUGAAUGUGUUAAUUUUGGCUUGAAUGUGUUUUGUUUUAUUUGUGUAAAUAAACGUGUACAGAAGA